GACGAGAUGCACGACUUCUUCACGCGCAACGGCCUCCUGGGCUCCGCGCGCCUCCAGUGCUGGCGCUUCGCCGAGUCGCUCUACCCGUCGUCGGCGCUCGUCGAAGCCCCCAGCCAGGGCCACUGCUCCUACACGCUGCUCCUGCGCGAGCACGACAGCAUCAUCCAGUUCCGGCCGCCGAGGCACCGCCUCGACCUCGUCAUCACCGCCGCCGCGCGAGCAGCCCUCGGCGACCUCGUGCCCGACACCCAGCUGCUGGGCACCAUCCACUUCCCCUGCGCUUCCAGUGAUGCCCGCCAGCAGCACAACACCAACGACAACAACAACAGCAGCAGCAGCAAGGACGACAACGACAACGACCGCUGCCUCCUGGUCUACUCCCUCUCCCUGAUCCGCGGCACCCCGCUGCCUGCCCUCCUGCACUCGCUCUUCCCCAACCCGCCACCAGCCCUGCCACCCCUAGCAGAAGACACCCCGACCCCGACCCCGACUUUGACUUUGACCCCGACCCCCCCAAUUCCGACUUGGACCCGAACCUCGACCCUGUCCCCGCCCCCGACUUUCACCCUUAACCCGCCCCUGACCCCGACCGAAACCCAGGCCCUGACGCUGACCCCCCUCCUCCGCGCGCUAGCGCACCGGUACUUCGCGCCCGCCUUCCGCGCCGCACUGCCCGCCACGUCGCCGCGCCUGCCGGCGCUGAAGCGGCGCGUGGGGCGGAGCCUGCGCGCGCGGCUGGCGCUGCUGCGCGAGGGCCUGCCGGCGCGGUUUGGCCCGGUCGUGCGGGAGGUGCAGGGGGCUUUGGCUUGCAUUGCGGGCGUCGCUGAGGUCGCUGGCGUCCCUGGCGGUGCUGGCGGUGCUGGCGGUGCUGGCGAGGAGGUGGUGGGUGGUGAUGGUGGUGAUGGUGGUGGUGGUGAUAGUUUGCCGUGGGCAGUGACGCAUGGUGAUCUGGUGGGCGCCGGGGUGGGGAAUGUCAUGGUCGAGAUGGAUCGCUGCAGCGGUGGCGCGAAGGGUGGGAGUCAUCAUGAUGGAGAUGGAGGCGGAGUGUGGAGGUGGUCGUCGACUCAGCGGGCAACAGACUGCUGCGCGGGCGUCGUCCGGCUGACCGGGCUGGUGGACUGGGCCGAGGGGGAGUACCUGCCGUUUGGGGUCGGGCUGUACGGGCUGGAGGAGCUGCUCGGGCGGAUGGUGCCCGUGGCGGGCACGGGGAGGCGGCGGUUCGAGUACUACCCCUGUGCGGAGCGGCUGCGGGCCGCGUUCUGGGAGGAGCUGGAGGCGGCAGUGCCCGAGCUGGUCGAGGACGCGGUGCUGCGCGCGCGGGUCGAGAAGGCGCGGCUGCUGGGGCUGCUGCUGUGGUACGGCAUCGCCUUCGACGACGGCGCCUUGAACCGGGUCGUGCGCCCAGGUCGGGACGACGAGGAGCUGCAGAAACUGGACCUGUUCCUCCUCGGGAAAGACCACGACCGUGACGCGGACGCAGCCGCGGAGGCUGAAGAAGACGCAGGCCGCGACAGCGACAGCGACAGUGGCUGCUUCUUCCUCGACGAAGAGGACGCCCAGACCGAUGACAAAGUCGGAGCGCAGCGACCUUGGCCCGCGCCCGGCAAGUUGUGA